CCAGAUGAAAUCCCAAGAUCAAAUGCAUUAAUUAUUCAAAAGAGCCCAACAAAACUCCAAGCAGCCCAAUUCUGAAAACCCCAAAACCCUCCCGACUUAAAUCCUCUGUUUUUUUUUUUUGACUCUGCGGCGUUGCCGCCAUGGCCGACGCUCUCUCACCGGAACCCGAACUCUACUCACCACAACCGCACCAAAACACUCCAAACAGUCCAAGCAAACUGAACAGCCGCAAAAGAAAGUCCAACGACGACGGCAAAGCUCACCCCGUAGUGCCUCCCCAAGUUCAAAAACUCCUCAAACGAAUUGUUUUGUCCCUGAGCAAGCCCUCCUAUCUCCUCGGCGUUGGCUCCACGAGACCCUGAGCCGAGCACCGCGCCCGGCUCACCAAGCUCAUGCGGAAGCUCGUCAAGCAGCGCAACUGGGUCGAAGCCAGUGGAGUCCUAAGCGUGUUGUUGGAAGGCAGCCAGAAAGAAAGGUCGCCGGCGAACAACCGGUUCAAGUAUUGGUCUCACGCAAUUAAAGGAGUUUGGAAAUGGACCACUGUUAAUGAUGAUUGUAGGAUUGGCAUACCAGCAACUCUGGUAUUCCAAUCUUCCAAAUGAAAUGAAAUGGAGGGAGUCCGACCAGUUUUACACUGCUACUGGUACUGGCAUUCAAUGUGGUUCAGAGACCUCUGUAAUGAAUGAUAAAGUAUCAUAUAUUGGUGCUGAUGGUGGCAUACAUAGAGAUGUAUCUAUGGGGGUUGAUGACAUGGAGAUAGAAAAUUCUCAACCAAACUUUGGGACCCAAAGUUUUUAUGCGGACCCUGAUGAAGAUACAGAAAAUGAAAAUGAUGGUGAAAUGCAGUAUGCUCCCGUUUUUUAUGCCCUUGAGGGCUUGGAAUCUCUGUUACUUCCCAUACGAUUGCCAGAAUCUACAGAUAGGGAGGAUUUCAUGAAUUCACAGACGACAAUUUUUAAUGACAGUUUUAGGAAUGCAGUGAAGUAUUUAAGGCUUGCUCUUCACUCCACGCCCCCAGUAUUGCAGGCCUUGCUUCCUUUGGUACAGUUAUUGCUCUAUGGUCUUGUCACCAAUCACACAACAGUAAAGAUUUAAUGUGUACACGUUGGGCAGAUUAAGGGCUACACUUUUGGAGCAAUUUGAUUGUUACAACAGCGCCCUUCUUUCUACCUGUUUUGAGGAUGUCUUAGAGAACGAUCCAACCUGUUACGAUUCAUUGGCAAAACUUGUUCAACUGCAUCAAAAUGGUACGUGAUUUUUCUCAGCUUGGUCAUAUAUGCCCAUUAUUCUUGCAAACAGACAGAACACUAACAUUACAUGCUGAUCAUAUAAUUACCAUAUAUAUUUCACAUUCUUGUCAUUAGAAAAGAUAUAUCAUAUGAGGAGCGAGCUUAUAAAUUCAUGGGUUCUCUCUAGCUCAGUUAACGGAGCAUAUCGAGAAUUCUUCCAUUCUCUUAAGUCAGACAAUUCGCUUAAAGAAAUAAACCUAAAGAAUAAAAUCUCUCAAGAUGCAAAACCCCUUAUCGAGUGUUUAGAAAUUUUUGAAGUUACUUUGAGGAUUGACAUGACUACAUCUCCUUAGCUAGAACUUUUUCUUUUUACUAGUAAAAGGUUUUUGUAGAACAUAGCCAUGUCUUUCUCUUGUUCUAGGCGUGAAAUCUCCUCUUGGCAUUGAGAAAGUGUAGCUCCCUGCUCCCCGAGAACACUUUCAAGUUUUGAUGCCUCGAUGCCCAGCUGUUCUUGUUCUCGCAUCAACGUAUCUAGACGUACCCGGACGGAAGCUAAAGAAGUCUCUGUAGAUUGAUAAUCUCCCGAAGCAGCUUGCUGAGAAGACCGGGCUUGGGUUAGUGACAAGUCUAUUGCAGCAAGUUGGUGAGCUCUAACAUCUGGACUCAACUUCUUCGAGGAAAUAACACGCAAGGAAGAAUACUCAGUUGAGGCGGCCAUAAGUUCGGCAAUCUUGAUCUUCAAGGAUGAAGAAUCAAUGUUAAGAUUGUCAAUUGCAGAAAUAAGUUUCGACAAGUCCUCCUUAAGCAACGCAAGGUCCUUCGACGGGCAUUUUGAAAUCCUCUCCUCAAUAUGGCUCUUGAUAUCCAUUGCCGCACGAAGAUUGAUGCGAUGAAUAAGCUGCUCAGUACCACUAAGGUUUGGCCCUCUCAGAGAGAUCUCAGAGCUAGCUGGCAAAGGUAUAGAACGCAUGACGGGAUCUUGCAUGCCUCCACCUACACACGGCAAACUUGGGAAACUUGACGAACUUGGGAUAAGCUCUGUACCAGGUGGAUCCCCAAUCUCCUCGCCUGUAGGUAGGUCGCCUCCAAAUAGCAUCUCCAUAUAAGAAUAAAUACCUGUGGUCGCCAAGUCAAAAGAACAAGAAGGCCCAACCUAAAGAAAACAAAGAAAGCUGUUAGAAACAAAAGCUAGAACAAUGAAAGCAGAAGAAGUCAUAAGAGAGAAGAAGAUGCAUACGUCUUUCUCAAACAACACACUGCCAUCGAGUUGAGGGAGCCUAAACACUUCUUUCUUCUUAUGACGAAAAUUGACAUCGCUAUCGCCUGAGCGCCUUCAAGACGUCGCUUGUUUAAAACUUGUUGACCCUGCCGCAAAACAAGUCCAUCUUCGUGCGAAUCAACUUCAUCACCAGCCUCUUCAGAUACAUCCUAGAUGUUGAGAAGACAAGCGUGGGCAUUGAGGGACUAAAACCACUGGUCUAUCUUGCAAAGUAGCAGCACUCGCGCAAUCAAAAGAUAUCAGUUGUGUAGGAACCACAGAACACCCCUCCUUCAAUACAUUAAGGUGUGAAUGAGAAGAAUUGGUACCACUUGCCAUCCCUAAAUUCUCAUAAUAUACCUUUGACCACCAACUUACGUAAGCACGGGUUACUGGACUACUCUUGAACUCGUCUUUGGCCGGCAGGGUGAUAAAAGCAUUUGUACACGCACGGGUACAAGACUCCGAAUGCAUAUACACGGCUUGCAAGGAGUCUAAUUGGUUUUUUUCCUUCAGCUUGCCUGGCACAUGUUGGACAAAACCAAAUUGCCUGCUGAAACGGUGAGGACUAUACGGCUAAACAAUGCAUCGAUCUUCUUGCCGCAAAGAAACAUACCCUGAGCGAAGACUUAUAAGGUAAGAUAAGUCUGAGAAGCGAAGAUGAGAAUCGUCCAUGAUGCCUCGCCGCACCGAGCCAACUCUCGCCAGAUAGUCUAUCUUCAAGCCUUCGCAGCUUCUAAACAAUGCUUGCGCCUGGGAAUCAUCGAGGCUCUUUGAAGAAAGCACGCCAGGAUACUUCGUCAUCAAAGGCCCUGACUUGUUUAGAGUUGAAGAAAAAAAACGAGUGCCGAAGUACUCACCCAACCAACCAUACACAUAGUGGUAGGGAAGAACCGCAGCACGAUCUUCAGUGUUUGCCGAGUUCGAAACAACACUCAAGCCGUUAUAAAUAUUGGCCAAAACCGAGAUAGCAAGACUGAAAGAUUCACCUGCAGCCAUCUUGCUAGCAACUUUGAAAACCCCAGGACGAACAAAGUUGACGUCGCCGAUUGGAAAAACAAACUUACAAAGCCAACAAGCUAAGAAAGCAGCUAGGUAAGAUUCUUCCACAUGCUCUGAUGCUAUGCCAAGGUCCUCAAACGCUCUCAACGCGGCAGGGGAACGGCGCCUAGCUGAACCAAUGGCACCAGACGGAUAUGGGUCUCCCUUUGGCUUAGUGGUUUUGUUGCAACUUCUUCUCUUCGAGGACUUCUUGUACCUUGUGUCCUCCCAAUACCAGAAGCGGAUCCAUGAAGAAAUCUUCACGCCUGAUUUACCUCGAGCAUCUUGGGAAAGCUUGUGAUAUGCCCAAAAUAAACAGCGACAACUCGCAGGCAAUCCUCGGUUAUUGCAGAGAGAAAGUUCCUCCGCACUAGGAACGACCUCGUCAUAAAACUUACCUUGGAUUGGCAAUCCCCUUAUCUUGUGGAGAUCCCAAAGUGAAAUUGACAUCUCUCCUUGAGCUGUAUGAAGCGUGUUAGUCGCUGAACACCAAUGCUCGAAGAACGCAUGAAGGACAGAAUGAUGGAGAUCAUAACUAAACAAAGAUGCGUACACGGCAUGGUAAGGCCCAUGCUAGUAAGCACAUGUUUAGAUCGGCCCAAGAUAUCUUCAAGCCACUCCCAAUAAGACUCAGCAAAAACAGCUUCUCCGAUAGUCGACAAGACAUCAUUCCAAGCCAUAGCUCUGCUGCGGAUGUGAUCUCCGAGAAACUUAAACGAAGCCGGAUGAUUGUCACAAGCAUGGUGCGAAGGGUUCAAGAUAAGAAUCCUCAGUGUGCACGCCUUCUUCUCCGUAUUUGAUCGAACAAAGUCUGCCACCUUCCAAGAUACUUCAGAAGAUCACGACUUAAUAUGCAUAGAGUUGUCUUUUGUAGGAAGAGCAAGCGCCUUAAGGCCAGUCAGUGGGGCGUAAAUCUUCAGCGUUGUUCCCCUAUCUUGCGAAUCAUUUUCCUUCGCGAGAAUGGUGAUGGUGUUGCUCUUAAAACAUUUGAAAAAUACCAUGACCGCAACAAAGCAAAAUCAGCCACAAAAUUUGGCACUACACAACAUAAAUUCGCUGCAGUCUUUUGCACAACCCCACACGGUAUAAGUGACGACUGUAACAAGCUCCAAGCAGCGGUAAGAGGCACGACAACGUCACCACCGAGGAAACUUAUGAUCAAAAGGCACUACACAGCAUAAACUCGCUGUAGUCUUUUGCAUAACCCCACACGGUAAAAGUGACGCACUGCAACAAGCUCCAAGCAGCGGCAAGAGGCACGGCAACGUCACUAUCAAGGGAAAACUGUGACCAAAAGGCAUUACACAGCAAAAUCCCUUUGCAAUCUUUGCACAACACCACUCUUUCUACACCACCAAUUUAUGCGCUCCAACUAUUAUGACCUCAGAUAAUCAGCUGAGGAAGAUGACAAGACGGUGCAAGACAACGCAGCUGUUGUCCCAUGAGUUCCAAGCCACCUUCCGCAUGUGCCAUCAAUGCAAGUUUUGUAGCAAUUUGAGGCCCGUGGAGACCGAGUCAAGCAAAGCAGACUUUCAAUGCGUUCCUAGGUUCUUCGUCGGUUUGGCAAUCUCAGCCUUGCAGAUCACCAUAUAAAAGAAAAAAAAAUGAUGGAAUCUUGAUGGACAGCACCAUGCAAAAAAAAAAAUAAUAAAAUAAAAUAAAAGGGAAUGAUGGUGGACGGCACCAUGUAAAAAAAAUAAUAAAAAAAAUUAUCAAGUCUUUCAUGGUGGACGGCAUCAAGUGAAAAAAAAAAAAAUAUAUA